AUGGGUAUCCUCAACCUCGACCGACUGAUGCCUCAGAACUGCAGGAUCGAAGAGUUCAAGUUUUGGCGUGACGAACUCACCGAGCUGAAAGAGAGGUUCGAGCAGCCGGGAAUUAGCUCUACAUCUCAGUUCUGGUAUGAUCGAAGGAACAGAGGCCAGUGGUAUACAUUCGGGUUUGCUAUCUUGGUUGUGCUCCUUACUGUGUUCUUUGGGCUAGUCCAAAGUAUCAAAGGUGCGAUGCAGGUGUACAAGGCGUAUCAUCCAACUCCAGGCUGA